AGUACACAACCAAGAUGGCGUCCUCCGAGGGAGCAACGUUGAAUGAGACACAUGUGGGGAAAAAGAAGACUUCAGUGCGUUACUGGGAAGAGCCUAAGGAAGAAAAUAAGGCUACAGCUAAAAAUAAGUAUCAUGGAAAAAAGAGUAAACGGCAUUUGCAAGGAAAAGAGCCAAGAAUACACGGAGCCAAGAAAAGCAAUCAACAAAGAAAUAAAAGCGGGAAACAGAAAGUCUUAUCAAGGAAAACGGACACAUUUCCUGGAGCUGUACCAGUUCCAGAAGAGAAACUGCGGAAGUUCCGGAGGAAAGAGAAGAGUAAACUGCCUCCUCGUCGGCAUAUCAAGCUGAGAGCAGCUGUGGCUCACUCACAGGCCAUCACAAAUCUGUCCCAGAAACAAGCCGCACGCUGGGACCAACUGCUUCUCCCAGAGGAUGCAGGUUUCCUUGAAGGAGAUGAGGAUGAGGACACAUGUACUAUAUCCCAAGAGGACAUUGCAGAUGCAGUUGACAUAGCGUCUGGGGCAAAAUAUUUUAAUCUUAAUUUGUCCCAGUUUGGACCAUAUCGACUGGAUUACAGCAAAACUGGACGCCAGCUGCUACUUGCCGGGAAGAGAGGUCAUGUGGCAUGCCUGGACUGGCAGACCAAACAGCUUAUGUGUGAGAUAAAUGUGAUGGAGACUGUCAAUGAUGUAAAGUGGCUCCAUACUGAGAAUAUGUAUGCAGUUGCUCAGAAGAAGUGGCUGUAUAUCUAUGACUCCAAGGGAAUUGAGCUUCAUUGCAUACGCAAGUUCAACGAUGUCCUCCGUAUGCAGUUCCUCCCCUACCACUUUCUGCUGGCCACAGCGAGUGCCACUGGUUUCCUGCAAUACCUGGAUGUGUCUGUGGGGAAAGAAGUGGUGGCCAUCCCCACCAAGGCUGGUAGGCUAGACGUGAUGUGCCAGAAUCCUCAGAAUGCUAUCAUCCACCUAGGACAUUCCAAUGGCACCGUCACUCUUUGGUCCCCCAACCAGAAAGAAGCUCUUGUCAAGAUGCUGUGUCACCAGGGGGGCGUACGUUCCAUCGCAGUUGACAAGAGUGGCAUGUAUAUGGUGACAUCAGGCAUGGACAAGAAGUUGAAGGUUUAUGACAUCAGAGCCUUCAAGCCCUUGCAGUCGUACUUCCUGCCUGCUGGAGCUUCCUGUCUGUCGUUGAGCCAGAGGGGACUUCUGUCAGCAACCACGGGAGACAUUGUCCAGGUGUACAGGAAUGUAUGGAGUACUCCAGUGAACAAGCCUUACAUGGCACAUAAAGUGCGGGGAGCAGUGUGGGGGCUGCACUUCUGUCCAUUUGAAGAUGUCCUUGGAGUUGGCCAUGGUGAAGGCUUCACCAGUAUACUAGUUCCAGGUGCUGGUGAGCCUAACUUUGACGGUUUGGAUGCAAAUCCAUACCGCAGUACAAAACAGAGGCAGGAGUGGGAGGUCAAGGCCCUUCUAGAGAAAAUUCAGCCAGAGUUAAUAACUCUGGACCCAAGCCAGCUAGGUCAGGUUGACCAUGCCAGCUAUCAACAAAGGCACCAAGACAGAGUCCAAGCUCUGGGAUAUGACCCACUUGCUGUGGAAAAAUUCAAGCCAAGGUUUAAGAAAAAAGGCCGGAGCUCUAGUGGAAAUAUAGAAAAACGCAAGAAACAAGUGGCUCACAUAGACCAGAGAGAUGUGAUCAGAAAGUCAGUGGAGGACAAAGCAAAGAUGGAUAGGGAAAAGAAGGAGAGGGAGAAGAGGAAAGAGAAGACAUUUGGCCAGAAGUCAGCUUUGGAUAGAUUCCACAAAUAGAAAAAAGGAAGUAUUGUGCUGACCAAAAUCCAGUGACAUUCUGUGGGAGUGACGUUUGGACAUGAUUCAAAAGGCGCACUGUAACUGUCUGUCUCACUGAUAAAUCAGACAGUGCAGAAAUGCAAAUGCCGAUUGCUUACCAACAUUGAUUUGGUCGUUUUUAUUAUGAGUGAUCAAGUACUUGGUCGGGCUGUUUGAUUUAUUGCCUGUUGUGAAAAAGUAUUGCUCAUCUACCUGGCCAGAACAGUGAGUGUGGAGGUGUUACAUGGCUGCUGGGACUUCCAGUGGAGCUGUAUUUGCUCUUUUUCCACUUAAUUUUGACUUUGUCGAAAUUUAAUGAUUUGCUGGCAGAACGGAGAGCGUAACACUUUUCAAAUGUUUUAUAUCUAUGUAAAUUCUGAAAAUAAAAUUGAUAACA